GCGCGCUUUGGCGCGAUCUCGCUCCUCUCUUCAGCUCAGCAGAAUCUGUUCAUGCUGAGACGGACAAGAUGGCGAAGUGAGUGGGUUGCGUUUCGAGAAGAAAGCAGCGGCUCACCACUUUUUCUUCAACGUUAAAACGUCGGUUAACUAAUGUACUUUUUCAUAAACGGGUGAGACAUCGCUAAGAAGAAAAGUCGCCCCUCAGAGCGAGGUGAUUCGAAGAGAGCGUCGAGGACAUCGACUUCUCCGUGUCCUUUUGGCUAAGCUGCUAGUCAGCUACUCGGGUAAAUGCUCUAGCGAAAAUAAACCCCGCAUCCUCAGGGAAAUAGCCUUGUUUUUUUACUUGCAUGAAAAGGCAACACACCUGUUAAAACCAAUGUUCGUUAUCAUCUCCAUUUCGUCGUUGUGAUUAGUUAAGGACACGGCUAGAGAAGAAGAUCCAUUUUAAGCUAGUUAGCAUUGUUUCUACUGGACUGAGUCUGCAGGAGAGAAAAACGUCAAAAUCUCACCCCUUCACACCGUUUCAGAGUAUUUCUCGGAUUUCUUUUAGGACAUGGCCAGCAGCAGUGGCUCGAAAGCCGAAUUUAUAGUCGGUGGGAAAUACAAGCUUGUUCGCAAAAUCGGAUCUGGGUCCUUUGGGGACAUUUAUUUGGCAAUCAACAUCACCAAUGGAGAGGAGGUAGCUGUUAAAUUGGAGUCACAGAAAGCCAGACACCCUCAACUCCUGUAUGAAAGCAAAUUGUACAAAAUUCUGCAGGGAGGAGUCGGGAUCCCUCACAUCAGGUGGUAUGGCCAAGAAAAGGACUAUAAUGUCCUAGUGAUGGACCUGCUGGGGCCAAGUCUGGAAGAUCUCUUUAACUUCUGUUCCCGCAGAUUCACAAUGAAAACUGUCCUUAUGCUCGCAGAUCAGAUGAUUAGCAGAAUCGAGUACGUGCACACAAAAAACUUCAUCCACAGAGAUAUCAAGCCAGACAACUUUUUAAUGGGUAUUGGCCGUCACUGUAAUAAGUGUUUAGAAUCUCCAGUGGGGAAGAGGAAAAGAAGCUUGGCUGUUAGUUCUUCUCAGGACCCAUCUUUCUCAGGAUUAAACCAGGUCUGA